AUGAGUGAUACCUGGAAAACGGUCAAGCCGAUCGCAUAUGCAUUAGGUCCGACCAUACUGCUCUCGUAUGGACCAACGGUAUACCGGGCCCUCUUCUCGAAACGCCCUGGCGUUACAAUACGGCCGGUCCCUCCUCAUGUCGCUCGCGCCCAGAAUAUCCUCUUCGUAGCUGCCGUCGUCUUUCUCAUCGCAUGUUUUCCGUACUUCGCGCCAGAAAAUAUAUAUCACAAAACGUCCACAACUUUCACAUAUUUUCCUACGGCAGAUAUCUUCGAGAGGCUCGCAGACUUUCGCUCUCCUCUCACGGACUUUGAUCAAGCCCUGAAGGCAAAUUUUAUAUCGAGACAAUGCCGAAUGGUAUACGCUGCGUACGGGCCAGAGGCGCUGGCCAACUGUUCAUUUUGCAAUUGCGACCACGAGCAUAGCUACUUCUACUAUAGUGUGGCAAGUCUCGCCAUGCCGCAUCUGCUCAAUACAGCCAUACUAGGCUUGGUUACAUAUAAGGCUGGUAAAGAAGGAAUGCGCUGGAGAACAUGGGCCACCAUCCUCAGCUUACUCGUUGCGGCGGGGGAUAUCGGAACUAUCUGGAACUUUGACGUGAAGCGAAACGAUACGAAGCUUGUUGAAGAUGUCGAUUUUCUGCACUGGAACAUGCGAACAGGCAGAUUCGCUGCGCUCUUCCUACUCGAUAUAGGAUUCUAUGCCCUUAUUCACUAUACCUCUACCAAUCGCUGGCUAGCCCAACCACCUUCGAUAUCAGAGCGCCUGGAAGAGGUCACCAAAGCAAACGAAAUACUGCGUCAAAACAUGAACAACCUCGUUGCGUUGAGGAAUACUGUAAUGCGAGAUCCAGCAUUCAGAGAUAAGACUCUGAACUACUGGACCCAAGAGGAACGACUCAUGGGUGAGAUAAUGGAGGAACCAGAGGUGGUGGAAGGUGUCAACGAAGCCCUGACUAGAGUGCCCGUUGACGAUGUGAAACGAUUUGCUGCAGCGACUAGCGGGUUGAUGUUCCAACAAUUGGACGGCCUCAAGCAGCGGAAAGGCGUUUGA